GCGAAGGGCGCGAGGGAUCAGCAGCGCGGAGGCAGCUGGCGCGAGCUGGAGGACGCGCCACUCCGCCAAAGAGCUUGAAGUCGCCUGGAGUGGACAUACAGAACCCGCGCAGUUGGACGAGGCUGUUUAUUUAUAUUGCUUUUUGUUUGUUUGUUUCUUUCUGUCGUAUCUGCCGACCGUGGAAGUUUUUUUUUUUCUGGUGAGCCCUCCGUCCUCCGUGAUCCCUCCCUCCCUCCUUCCUUCCCUCUUUUUGAUUCCGGAUGGCAGCGGGGAGAAUGAACGAGGCGGACGAUCAUGUCGAGUCCACCACAAACGUGUCAGCCUGAAAGAUCUCCGCUCAGGAGGAGGAGGACCGCGCCGGCUCCGCUGAGGAACAAACUUGCGUCGUUUUUCCAGAGCAAAGACUUUCAUCCACUCCAGUGAAGGACAGAGAGACAGAGAGAAAGAGAGACAGAGACGGGAACUAAAACAAACAAACAAAAAAGACCAUCUGCUUUGAUCCAGAGAACGGAAACGACUGAAAAAAAAGCAGAAAACGUCACACGUAUCAUUCUCACGUUUUUACGUUUUUGCGUUUUUACGUUUUUUUUUACAUAUAUAUUCCCUUCCUGUAUGAAAAGUCAAGUGGAAAGAGUUGGAGACCAGCAUGCCGCGGAGAAAGCAGCAAGCACCCAGGCGAUCCUCAGCCUAUGUGCCUGAGGACGAGCUGAAGGCAGCCAAGAUCGAUGAGGAGCACCUGCAGGAUGACGGCCUCUCCUUAGACGGCCAGGACACAGAGUACCUGUGCAACGAUGAGGACGAUGCACGUGAGCAGCUAAGCUAUCAAAACUCCCCUCUCAGCAAUGGCACCAACCCAGACGCUGGGUACGGCUCACCCCUCAGCGACACCAGCGAUCACCUGGCCGACUUCAAGAGCACCUCCUCCAAAGAGGGCCAGGACAAGGAGGAGGUCGAGGACAUGGAGACAGAUGCUGGUCUUUCCUUGCAGGAUAGCCUGGCGCAGAUGAAAGCCGUCUAUGCAAACCUGAUCUCGGACGCCUCCUGGUCCAGCAUCGCAAAGGACAUUAUGAAAAGCAAACAACUUAGCGCCAGCAGCAACAGCACGACAAGCAACCACAAGGGGAGCAAUAGCAUUGUGAACAGUCAUGCAACUAACACAAAUAGCAGUGGAGGCAGCAGCAUUAGCACUGCUAGUGGUAGCGCUAGUGCUACAACGACCACCCCCACCACCACAAGCACCAACCCUGCAAAGGCCGCUGCUUUUACCAGUCCGAAAAAUGGGAACAUAAGUGGUACCAGCAGUGGAGGUGUCGCUUAUGACUGGCACCAAGCUGCACUUGCUAAAACUUUACAGCAUACAGCGUACCACCUCUUGCCAGAACCCAGUCUCUUCAGCACGGUGCAGCUGUACCGGCAGAACAAUAAACUGUAUGGGCCUGUAUUUACUGGUGCCAGCAAAUUUAGAUGCAAGGACUGCAGUGCAGCUUACGACACCCUUGUGGGCCUCACAGUACACAUGAACGAAACAGGCCAUUACCGUGAUGACAAUAAAGACCAGGAGGAUGAUUCAGGCAAGAAAUGGUCCAAGCCAAGGAAACGUUCCUUGAUGGAGAUGGAGGGCAAAGAGGAUGCUCAGAAAGUCUUGAAGUGCAUGUACUGUGGACACUCAUUUGAAUCCCUGCAAGACCUCAGUGUCCACAUGAUCAAAACAAAACACUACCAGAAAGUGCCUCUCAAAGAACCAAUGCCAGCUCUUGCCUCAAAGCUGGUGCCCUCUACCAAAAAACGAGUCUUUCACGACUUAGUGUCCCCAUGUUCACCUGAGUCCAUCAGUAGCACCACUGGUGUUCCACUGGCAGAGUCCACACCCACCAAAGACCAGAAGGUUUCUAACCCCUAUGUUACCCCUAACAAUCGCUACGGCUAUCAGAAUGGUGCAAGCUAUACCUGGCAGUUUGAGGCCCGAAAAGCCCAGAUUCUCAAGUGUAUGGAGUGUGGAAGUUCUCAUGACACCUUGCAGCAGCUAACAGCCCAUAUGAUGGUCACAGGGCAUUUCCUCAAAGUCACCAACUCUGCUUCAAAAAAGGGGAAACAGCUAGUAUUUGACCCAGUGGUGGAAGAAAAAAUUCAGUCCAUUCCUCUUCCACCAACCACAACACGUCUGCCAAUUCCAACCAUCAAAUCACAACCAGAUUCUCCAUUGCACCCCUCCACAACUGAGGACAGGAAGGAUUUGCAAGAUGAAAAAAUGGAGGUGGGUGAGCCAGAGAAGAAAAUCAAAGAGGAGAAAGAGGAUCCCUCUGAAAAACCUGAGAAGUCCGAGAAACCUGGUCAGUACAAGUAUCUCCGAGAGGAAGAUCUGGAGGAGACUCCCAAAGAGGGUCUUGAUAUUCUAAAGUCUCUAGAAAAUACUGUAUCUAGUGCGAUCAGCAAGGCUCAGACUGGUACCCCCACAUGGGGAGGCUAUCCUAGUAUCCACGCUGCCUACCAGCUGCAAGGUUCAGUGAAAUCUCUCUCUGCUGUUCAGAGUGUUAAAAUGCAACCUACAUACAGCGCAAGCAGCUUGAAGUCCCUGUCAGCUGAAACCAGUGCCCUCAUCCAUUCCCCAAGCAGUCCGUCCCCACCACCGAAUCAUAAGAACAAUGUCCUGGCCAUGGAGGAGUUAGUGGAGAAAGUAACAGGAAAAAUUGUCUCGAAGAAAGAGAAGGAGGAAAAGGGUAUUGAACGCAUCCCAAAGCAUGUCUCUGCGAAAUCACCUUCACCUGUACCCAAGGAGAAGAAAGAUCUGCCUCAGCCAACUGACCUUAGCAAGGCUACAAAGAAUGGCACCGCAGAGGAGAUUGAGUCACUUGGGAGGGAAGGAGAACAGAAGGAGAGCCAUGCAGAUACGCCUGACAAGAAUGGGAUGGAUGCCCUCAAAGCGCCGGUCAGCAAUGGUUGCAGCAGUUUGGGAAUUAUCACUGAUCACUCACCAGAACAGCCUUUAGUCAACCAUCUCAGUGCACUGCAGUCUAUCAUGAACACUCACUUAGGCAAGGCUUCCAAAACUGUCAGCCCUCUCCUCGAUCCAUUAGCAAUGCUUUACAAAAUCAGCAACAACAUGAUGGAGAAGCCCAUUUACAAUCCUACUCAGGUUAAACAAGUUGAGUCCAUCAACAGAUAUUACGACAACGAUGAUCAGCCAAUGGACUUGACGAAAUCCAAGAGCAGCAACGGGCGCACAAACAACGGCUCCUCCACUGUCAUAAGCAACAAUAACAACAGCAGCAUCGCUAACAGUAACCGACCCAUUCUGUCCAACUUAUCUGAAUCGGUGUCUUCCCCUCUGCGGGAAAAUGCUUUGAUGGACAUCUCGGACAUGGUGAAAAACCUCACGGGCCGCCUGACACCAAAGUCAUCGACGCCCUCUUCUGUCUCCGAGAAGUCAGAUGCGGAUGGCAGCGCUUUUGAAGAUGCUCUGGAGGAUUUUACCCAUGUGCAAAAGAGGAAAGGAAGACAGUCUAACUGGAACCCUCAGCAUCUCCUGAUUUUGCAGGCUCAGUUUGCAUCCAGCCUUCGUGAGACCCCUGAGGGGAAGUUUGUCAUAACGGACCUGGGUCCUCAGGAGCGUGUACAUAUCUGUAAGUUCACAGGUCUCUCCAUGACCACGAUCUCUCACUGGCUGGCCAACGUGAAGUACCAGCUUAGGCGGACAGGCGGAACCAAGUUCCUAAAGAACAUUGACUCGGGCCAGCCUCUGUUCCUGUGCAGUGACUGUGCUUCCCAGUUCAGAACUCCCUCCACGUACAUUAGCCACUUAGAAUCCCAUUUAGGGUUCAGUUUGAAGGACCUUUCAAAGUUAUCUCUAGACCUCAUGAGGGAGCAGCAGGCGGUCACAAAAAUGAUAACGGACAAGACCUUCAAUUCCCUGGCCUUGACCGAGGAGGACUCUAAUUCCAUCUAUCAGUGCAAACUGUGCAAUAGGACUUUUGUCAGCAAGCAUGCAGUCAAGCUGCACCUCAGCAAAACGCAUGGCAAGUCUCCAGAGGACCACUUGAUCUUUGUCUCUGAGCUUGAAAAGUUAGAUAAAGCGUAGAGGAGGAGCAGGCCAGUGGCAGUGAAGUGACUGGCUCGAGAAUCCUUGCACUACAUCACUGUAAUGCACUGCACCUGAACUGAGCCUUCAGUCAAAAUCAGUCAAAUAUUUGUUGUGCAACUGCCUGACUGGACCAUGAUCUGUUUCUUCUUUUAUUAAUUUUUUGUUUGUUUUGGUUGUUGUUUUUUCACUCUCUUGAUUUCUAUAUCUUACUUUGUAUUGUAUUUAUAUAUGUGUUGACUUUGUGCAUGUUUUUUUCCAUCAGUGACCAGAUUCAAGCAGAUUUUUCCACUGUUUGUAUUCUGUGGAAUUGAGAAUGAGACCAGCAUGGUAUCCAUGGGCAUGGUCAAAAACAAGACUGAAGAAGUAAUACGUGAAUAUAGUUGAGUCUAUCAUACUGUACACUUAACCGACAAAUGUGCAGGAACCAUUAAGAAUAUAUAUGAAGUGAGAAAGACGUAUUUUGUUAUUUUGAGCUCAAAUUCCCAAAUUUGGCUUUAUACCAAUCAAACUUCCACAAAAUGAUCUGUGAAAAUGACACAUUGAAGGCAGCGAUCUUUCAAACCUCAAAGGAUAUUGAUGAUCACCCUGCUGCUUCAGAUGGUCCACUUUGUGUUUUCAAAUGACUUUGUUUUUACGUAUUUGUUGGCAGUUGUUUUGUUGUUAAGUAUCAUUUUUUACAGUAGCAAUUUGGAAAUGUAUGCUUUGGUACCGACUUUUCUCUUUCUAUAGGUUUGCUUCGAUUUCAACCUGUAAAGACUUAAUUAAAUCCUUAUAUACAGUACAUAUAUAUUUAAAUGAUCUGCAAUGAUGUACAUGUACAUUUUCAUCAUCAUAUCUUGCCAAUUGCCGCAGCAUUGUUUGUAUGGUGUGCAUUCUUUUAUAUUGUCAUUUUAUAUAUAGUAAACAAAAACGAAAUAAUAUGUAAAUAGAUAUAUAUGCAGACAGUAUGUGACCAGUAGCGUCAACGUUCAUCCUUUUGGUCCUCCAGUGUGGUUAAUAUUAAUUGAUUUGAUGGAAUGCGUCCUCAGAUGCGCAGUACGUGUGAGUGAAAAGAGCAGUGCACAACAGGAAUUCCAGUGCAUUUCAAUGUUUUUAAUCAUACCAUUGUGAAAUGUCCCAUCAACUCAUGAAAAAAUAUUGUUUUUGUCCCUCAAUUGUAAAAUAAAUCCUGACGCAGUUCUUGACUAA